AUGGAGCCACUGGAAAAGCUACAGAGUGAAAUCGACCGUCUCAAAAGGGAGAUUGCAGUGUUAUCGUGUGCAGAAGACGAAGAGGCCCUCCGUGACAUUUAUGAUGAGUUUCGUAUGGAUAUUAAAGAGCACUACAGCAACUCUAUUGGGGUGUAUGUCUUGAAGUGCUUCACCGUGCCAAUUAUUGUGGGUAUCUGUGUUUUCCUAUUUUGGCUCUCGUACGAAAACAUUCGCUCGUGGUGGAUGCGGAAGUCCGUGACAAAGGGGCUGAACAACAUCUCUAUUGUUGCGGAUGAAAUAUCAGAACGCAAACUAACGCAGGCGGCGUGGAGGUCCACGCGCCGGCGUGUCUGCUUUUUCGUAGUGAUCAAAUGUUUUAUUGCCGUCACCUGUAUUUUCUUCUUUGUUGGAAUGCGUUUCCUCAUGGAGGCAUCAGUACGUGUUUGGUUGAGAAAUGUACUUGUACCAUCCAUGGAAGAAAACGUGACGGCCUACGAUAGCCCAGUGGGUACUAGCAACGAUUUCAAUCCCAUGUCGGGAAUCAGAUAUGAAGUCCACAACUUCCUGGCGUCUCUGCUUGGCCUUGACUGGGUAAGAGAUUUGCAAAGCGUGUAUCUGUUUUAUCUUUUUGGACCCGGCCUCUUGGCUUUCGGCCUCGGUGUUAUGCGCUCUGCUGCGAUUGAUAUGAUGGCACUUGGCGAGAAAUUCAGUUUGCCGUUGGAUACACUCAAGAUGUACCGCACGAAGAAGAAGGAGGUGUACGAUCUGCAGAUGCAAAAGCGUGUGGAGGAAGUGAUGACCAAAUUAUAUGCACUUGCCGAUCCCUCUAUCCCGUUGCUAGAGGAGGACAAGCGCGUGGACGACGAGGAGGAAAUGCCGGGCGAGUAG